UGUAUUUGUGCUCUGGCUGAUGACGUGUCCUGAACACGUUCUUCAUAGGAUCUGUUGACUGCUAACCGCUAUACUGAAAUCGUCGUCAACAGGACACCGCCAUGGGCAUUAAAUUCUUAGAAGUGAUAAAGCCGUUUUGUGCUGUUUUACCCGAGAUCCAGAAACCAGAGAGGAGGAUUCAGUUCAGAGAAAAAGUGCUAUGGACCGCGAUCACCUUGUUUAUAUUUCUGGUGUGCUGCCAGAUUCCUCUUUUUGGUAUCAUGUCGUCAGAUUCUGCCGACCCAUUUUACUGGAUGAGAGUCAUCCUGGCAUCCAACAGAGGUACUCUGAUGGAGUUGGGUAUCUCUCCCAUUGUGACCUCUGGUUUGAUAAUGCAGCUGCUUGCUGGAGCUAAAAUCAUUGAGGUUGGAGACACACCUAAAGACAGAGCGCUCUUCAAUGGAGCUCAGAAACUUUUUGGCAUGAUCAUCACCAUUGGUCAAGCUAUUGUCUAUGUGAUGACUGGGAUGUAUGGAGACCCUUCAGAGAUGGGUGCUGGAAUCUGCCUUCUCAUCAUCAUCCAGUUGUUUGUGGCAGGUUUGAUUGUAUUGCUGCUGGAUGAGUUGCUUCAGAAGGGUUACGGAUUGGGCUCCGGUAUCUCUCUCUUCAUCGCCACCAACAUCUGUGAGACCAUCGUAUGGAAAGCGUUUAGCCCAACCACAGUCAACACAGGAAGAGGUACUGAGUUUGAGGGGUCAAUUAUUGCUCUGUUCCACCUGCUGGCCACUCGUACCGAUAAAGUGCGAGCCCUGAGAGAGGCCUUCUACAGACAGAACCUGCCUAACCUCCUGAACCUCAUCGCUACGGUCUUCGUCUUUGCUGUGGUCAUAUACUUCCAGGGCUUCAGAGUUGACCUCCCCAUUAAAUCUGCACGCUAUCGUGGCCAGUACAACACAUAUCCCAUCAAGCUUUUCUACACCUCCAACAUUCCCAUCAUCCUACAGUCGGCACUGGUGUCCAACCUCUACGUCAUCUCUCAGAUGCUCUCCACUCGCUUCAGCGGGAACUUCCUGGUCAACCUGCUGGGGACUUGGUCUGAUACCUCAAGCGGAGGUCCAGCGCGUGCCUACCCUGUAGGUGGUCUGUGCUACUACCUCUCUCCCCCAGAAUCAUUCGGCACGGUUUUGGAGGAUCCGGUCCACGCUGUCAUUUACAUUAUAUUCAUGCUGGGAUCUUGUGCAUUCUUCUCCAAGACAUGGAUUGAAGUAUCUGGAUCAUCAGCCAAAGAUGUUGCCAAACAGCUGAAAGAACAGCAGAUGGUUAUGAGGGGACACAGAGAAACCUCUAUGGUUCAUGAACUUAACAGGUACAUCCCAACAGCAGCUGCCUUUGGGGGUCUAUGUAUAGGAGGCCUCUCCGUUAUGGCCGACUUCCUGGGAGCCAUCGGAUCCGGAACUGGAAUCCUAUUGGCCGUGACCAUCAUCUAUCAGUACUUUGAGAUCUUUGUCAAGGAACAGAGUGAAAUGGGCAGUAUGGGUGCUCUCCUGUUUUAAGGCUCCACUUGAGACUGAAUGAAUUUGUAUGGGUUAAGUUCUUUUUAUAUGAAUUUGGAUUUAGCAAAUGCACAAAUUCAAUGUUGUACAUCACAGAUGUGCUUCCACAGUGCAUCAGAACCUGACUUCACCCAUAACGGCUUGCCGAGCUGCAGAUUGGAUAUUGUUUUGUUUUCUCUUGCGGGGUGGGGGGGGGAGAAUGUGGCAGCUUGUUAUCUCAUAUUAAGCAGGAGAAUGGUCAUUAAUUUCACCUUCAGACAAACCUUUUCCCAUAUGUCCCUAGCUAGUAUCUAUCUGGGAUUCUAUUCUAUUACAAACUAGAAAUGUGUGGAUUGAUGAAAUGUGUCCAAACUUGUACACUACACUACAAGGUAAAUACAACGUUAUACCAUAGAGAGCACCGACACAGUGUAAAUAAAGACAGAUUUUAGGAGUGAUGUUGUGCACAUUUGCUUCUUGUGGCUUUUGUGUGGGCUGAGUGCGUAAAAGUGUUUGUAUUCAGUUGGUCUAAAUGUUUGAAGAGAUGCUUGGGUUGGAUUUGCCAACAAACUUCCAUUGUAUUUAUGUAUGAUAUUUUUCUUGUAUCUACAUGUCAUUGUAGCCAUACUAUCUUUUCUUGGACCAAAUGCUGCAUAUACUGCCUAUUAAAACAUAUGCCAGUGUUAUUUUGAGAGGGUA